UAUAUCUAGGGAUCCCGGUCAUCAGCCCUUUCCCUUCGUUUGAACCUCCCCCACCUCAACAGCCGGCGGCACCGCUUCUCCUCACGCGGUGGCGCUGAUCGACGCGUCUUAGACGCUGAUUCCAGCAGCAAAUCUCGCCGGCGGCGGCGGACUGACUCCUCUCGUCAUUGGAGUGCUGCCUCCUUCCUCACGUAGAUAACUCUCCGCUCCAACUAAAAUCCGCCACUUCUCCUCUCUCGCCUUAAUCGCCUUACUGCCUACGCGACAACUCAGCCUUUGCUCGGCACGAUCAUACUCUUGGAGAGACGAGCUUUGUGUCUUCUGUCGUCGUUCUCAUUCGAGCUCGAUCAAGUAAUCGGAAACCCUCAUCGAGCGGAAGAAACACCUUUUGCGACAGAUGAGCGCAGGUGGAUCAUUUGGUGGAAGUAGAGGAGCAAGACCUGUUCCUCCUGAAAAAGGCAUAUUUCCAUUAGACCACUUACAUGAGUGUGAUUUAGCGAAAAAAGAGUACAUUGCCUGUCUCAAAUCUUCUGGUUACCAAUCAGAAAAAUGCAGACACUUAUCAAAGAAAUACUUGGAAUGCCGAAUGGAAAGAAAUUUGAUGGCGAAACAAGACCUAUCAGAGCUUGGUUUCCACAAUGCUACAACAGAUUUAUCCGAGAGUAAUAGUAACAAUCAAUCUGGCAGUUCACCUGGAAAGAGCACUUCCACUUCUUAAAGCUGUGAUCUUAGACAAAUGGAUUUUUUUAUUCUUAAUUUGAGUAAGGAUGCUUUUUCCAAAAUAAUAAAGAUGGCUAAAUUCUUAGUCUUGUAACAAUCACCAUUAUCAGAUUAUGUCACUCACAUUCCUUUAAUGAUAGCUCCGGAAGAAGCUGGCUUCAUGUUCCUGGAUCAA